CACCGCUGUGUUAUUCUCCACCACAGGACGGUGUGUGUGUGUACAGGUGCGGGACAGAAGACACCCACAGCCUGCAGAUCGCCUACAGCAGGACCUGCCUGUCUUAUCGAUUGAUUAUUUAUUGAUCACUGAGUUAGAGAGCCUGUCAGUUGGAUUUCACUGAGUCCAGCUGCAUUGGACUGCACUAAUAUCCCGGUGUCGGACAAACAUUCAACAGCGCUACCAUGCCGUCUCUGCGACACUCAUACACGGUGACAGUACCGGAGGAACCCGCCGCUUUCCCCUUGGACAAACCCGACCUGCGUCGAAAGAGUCCGUCGCUGUCCCGGUCCAAGCUGGUGUCCACAUUCAUGGGUCUGAUCAUCAACCAGGCCAAGCACAAGGGUCCUCAAGGUCUAGUGGGACUGAAGAACCUGGGCAACACAUGUUUUAUGAACUCAAUCCUACAAUGUCUGAGCAACACUCCUGAUCUGAGAGAUUACUGCCUCAGAAACGUCCAUCGCACAGACCUCAACAACAACUGCACAAGCAACGCUGCUCUCAUGGAAGAGUUUGCAAAGCUGACUCAGAGCCUGUGGACUUCUGUGAACAACGAGGCGAUCAGUCCCUCAGAUUUCAGGAGUCAGAUUCAGAGAUACGCUCCCAAAUUUGUGGGCUGCAAUCAGCAGGACGCCCAAGAGUUUCUGCGUUGCUUAUUGGACGGUCUCCAUAAUGAGGUGAACCGAGUGACAGUCCGCCCAAAGGUGUCUCUCGAGGACUUUGACCACCUCUCAGAUGAUGAAAAAGGCAAGCGGAUGUGGAACAUGUACUUGGAGAGAGAGGACAGCAAAGUAGUUGAUCUGUUUGUUGGACAGCUGAAGAGCUCUGUGACCUGCACCGUCUGUGGCUUCCGCUCCACGGUGUUUGAUCCGUUCUGGGACCUAUCCAUACCUGUUGCACAGAAAAGCUCGAGCGAAGUGACUCUCAAAGACUGCCUGAGGCUCUUUACUAAAGAGGAUGUGUUGGAUGGAGAAGAGAGACCGACGUGCAACAAAUGCAAAACCAGAAGGAAAUGCACCAAAAGAUUCAGCAUUCAGAAGUUCCCUCAGAUCCUCGUGCUUCACCUGAAGCGCUUCUCAGACUCUAACAUCCGAACCACCAAACUCUCCACGUAUGUCAACUUCCCUCUCAAAGAGCUGGACCUGAGGGAGUUCGCCUCAGAGAGCAGCGAGCGUCCUGUAUAUAAUCUGUACGCAGUAUCCAACCACUCGGGAAACGCUUUGGGAGGCCACUACACAGCCUACUGCAAGAACCCAGCGCUGGGGGAAUGGUACAGCUACAACGACUCCAGGGUGAGCCCAGUGUCGUCCAGCCAGGUUCGCAGCAGCAACGCCUACGUCCUCUUCUACGAGCUGGCCCCCUCCCCGCACAGCAAAUAUCAAACAUGUCGGCUGUAGACGCUGCGGAGGAGUUGAUAAGCUGCAACAAAAAAUGGGCCUAAAAAUGGAGUCAGACACUGCCUGCUGGGAGAGAGCUCCGCCUUGUGGAGACAGUCCUGCCAUUACAGACUGUGAAUAUGGAGCACAAAGACAUGAGAAAAAUGGCCUCUCACCUUCUUCUCAAUGUGUUUUUGAGGGAAUGGGGUCGAUGUGAAAGCACAUUCUAAGUUCAGGAUGUCAAGCUGAGCUCGUAAGUUGAGUGGAACUGAAAUGACACAGAGAAAACCCUGCUUCCAUUGUCAAAAAGGUGUAGAAAUUCAGCUUAAGGCACAGCUGUGAGCCAAACUUAAAAUCCUUUUUGGAACGUACCCCCUUCGAUCAUUAUACAGCUGUGCUUGGAACUGAAUCUACACCAGCUCAAGUGGAUUUUUUUUCUUUUUUAUGCACUUUGGACUAUUAUUAUGUGACGACAUUACAGAGACUUGAAAAAUGCCUCACACAGCAACUGCAAGAUUUAAUUUAUUCUAUUUAACAUAAUGCCAGUAACGGAAAGUGCAUACUGUAUAUGUUUUUGAACAAAGCCUUAUGGUUUCCUCUUUGAACAGCGGAAAUCAACCAAUGGAGAAAUGAUGUUUUAUGUCAAAGCACAUAUUAUUUUUGUACAGUAUUUAUGGACAGCACAGUGAAUGUAACUCUACUGUGGGAAAGUCAGACAUACCAAAGCAGCUGUGUAAAAAUGCAUUAACAAUACUUCUUCCAGCAAUAAUGUUGCUGACUUUACAUCUAAGUCAGUUCAGUCUAUAAAUGAUUAAAAUUCAAUGUUAACUUA